AUGAAUACGUUCGGGGUUAUUUUUUCAAUCUUCCUUGUUGUGAACGUUUGUGAACUGAAAUUUGUGAAAGAAAACGUUCAUUCGGAAUCACUCACGUCAAAUGAGAUCACUUUGGAGAGUUCGAGAACAAAACAAGAAAUCCUAGGAGGAGUAACAGAAUGUGAUCCAAAUGACAGCCAAUAUAUGAAUCUAGCAGAGGAAUCAUUAUCCAAGUACAUGCAGGACGCUGGCUUAGCGAAAAACUAUCGCGUUUUAAAAGUCAAUAAAGUUACGGAGCAAGUUGUUGAGGGUACUUUGACAAAUAUUGAAUUUGUCGCAGGACCUUGUUUUGAGGACGGAGUGGUGCCAAAUUCGGAUAAAUGUGACGUUUUAGACAAUAAUAACAGCAUACAAUGCAAUUCCGAAGUAUGGGACAGACCCUGGAUGAACUCCAAAAUCAUUGAAAUCCAGUGUGCUUAA